AUGAACGUGUUCACUCGGAUGGAUUUCAUUUGGCUCUUGAUUUGUGGAGUUGCCGGAUCCCAGCGACUCGGCCCUGAUAUGACGGUUGACACCAUAAAAAGCUUUCUAUCUUCAAGGAGAAUCGGUAUGCAGCAAUUACUGAUCGUCGACAUAACAGGCAUCCUGCACAUGCUCGAUAUCCGUCUGUGGACCAACCUUCUCUUGAGUGAGCCCGAACAUUCUGCGGCGAUGGGAGCCUUGAGGAGAGAUCGUACCGACUUGCUGAGCAAGGUUGGUCCGCUCAAAAGACGGACCGUCGGGCCGUGGUAUCUGAACGCUCUGGCUGCCCCUCAACACAUAGCUAUCGUUUCGAAUGCCGCUGACUUCAAGGCGCUUGAUUCGAACGAGAUAGAUAUAUACCAAAAUAUUCGCCACAAAUGCGUCCUCCACUUCUUCCACGGAAAGCUCCACGGAUUGAAUUUCGACGCCAUGUCGAGGAAUGGAAUCCCCGUCUUCAAAUUCGACAAGUUCAAAUAUUUCUUCGCCUGCGAUAGACACGAUAAAGUUGUCGCAUGGGUGGACCAGAGGUUCAAGAACAGACCCCACGAGUGUGUGACGGCGGAGCCAAUACGAUUCGCCUUGGAACACGUAGCUUCCAAACGGCAUAUGACAGACGACCGACUCGAGUACGAUGUGACCUUCCGCUGGAACGCGUCAAUUCUGAAGUUCUCGGAGAAACUUCUCCCCAUUGCUAUGGAUUCUCAAAAUAUCUCCAACUUACUAUUCCACCAUACGGCCGUCAACAACAUGGUAGCAUCGAGUGAAAUAGGCGAUUGCAACACCUUGACACGUCUGAGAGACGUGAGCAUUCUAACUUUGCUGGAGCCAUUCUCGCUCAUCACGUGGAUAAUGUUCCUGCUGAGUGUCCUCUUGCUGAGUCUGAUGCAUAGUCUAGCGGAACACACUCCAUUCCUUCAGACUGUGGGCUGCAUCUUAUUCAAUUUCAUCAAUGCGAUCCCGAUCAAGGUCGCGGAUAAAAGAAGUCCGUCGUCCUUGAUCUGCGCCUCGGCGGUCUCGAUGAAUUUCUUCUUGAGCACAAUUUUCGGGAACGAUGUGGUGACUCGUUUUAUUGAUCAUAGUGAGCCGCCUCAAGUGGACGGCUUCUACUCGUGUCAUUUCAAUAGUCUCUGUGACUAUGCAUCCACCAUAAUUAGGAGUAUGGCGUUUGAGAAAAAAGCCGUGUGUUCCAUGAACGAGGCACAGAAAAUUUCGAGCGGGUUCCCUCUGCGCAAAGUCACCUACUUCCGAACCCUUCGCCAUGAAGAAGAUGAAAUGCUCUAUCGGAACUUUUCUUCGGCGGACGGUAUUUUUCUUAAGUUCAAUGGGCAGGGCAUCUUCACAAAGACCGGCGGUUUUUUCGGAGAACGAGUUUUGGGCCUCACCAUGUUUUGGUGUGUCACGUUGUGUGGCGCCCUGCUAUACGCCACACACCCAGUGACAGGAGUGAAUGUCGACGUCGACAAUGUCCUCGUACACAGUGGAACCGAUCAAUCAAUGUUCGGCUUUUCGGUGGCCAUGCACAUCUCUAACGGGAGACCAAUGCUCUUGGUGGGCGCGCCAACGGCAGCUUCGAGUCGACCGGACUCGUCGAACGGCGGUGCCGUUUUCAGUUGCUCGGUGACCGCAGAACUGUGUCAAAGAGUCGAAAUGGAUACCGAGGGCAUUCGGAGAAAUAAAUCAGGAGACGCUCUAGAAACUAAGUCGCACCAGUGGUUUGGCAGCACUCUCGUGAGCGGGGGAGAGGACGGUCACGUUUUGGCAUGCGCGAUCCGGUACCAACACCACUACAAUGGCGACAGCAAGCUCUACCGGUUACCAAUCGGGAAUUGUUUCUUGUCGGACAGCAGCUUUAAUCCGGUGACGCGGAUAUCUCCGUGCGAGAACAAAACACCUCACUACACGAGAUUGGGAGCAUGUCAGGCUGGAUUCUCGGCGGCCGUCGAUAAGAAAUCUGGUCAGGUUGUGCUCGGCGCUGUCGGAGCUUACCAGUGGCAAGGAGCCGGUUACUCGUACGACAUCAAUGUAAACAGUUUAGCGGCAACCGACAAAAAGUCUCAAGCUUUCGAUGAUAACUACAUGGGAUACGCCACUGCCAUAGGAGAAUUCACCGGAGACAAUCAGCCGGAAAUCGUUCUUGGAAUACCCAAAGGAGCUCAAUACAACGGAAGCGUCGAGUUCUAUUACCGCGAAAAAGACAAACUCCGAAAACUGGGUUCCAAUCUCAUUGGUCCCCAACUAGGGUCUUACUUCGGAUCGUCAUUAGCAGUGAGCGAUUUGAAUGGCGACGGCCUCCACGACCUCAUUAUCGGGGCUCCGCUUUUCAAUUCCGACUACAAAGGCCAAGGAAAUCCGGGCGAGCAAGGACGAGUGCACAUUUUCUAUCAAGUGGGCAACUUGGAAUUCCGCGAGGGAACUCCGCUCGAGGGAACCAUUCCAAAGGGAAGAUUCGGUUUCUCAGUAGCAGCCAUCGGAGACAUCAACAAAGAUGGCUAUAACGAUCUCGCUGUGGGAGCUCCGUAUGCCGGCGACGGUCUCGUGUACAUUUUCCAUGGUGGCGUGAACGGUGUCUCAUCCAAACCUGCUCAAAUAUUCGGCCCGGAACAGCUCAAUCGCAAACUACGAACAUUCGGUUUUUCGAUCAGCGGCGGAUUCGAUCUCGAUCGUAACGAAUACCCCGAUUUGUUGGUUGGAGCCUACGCCAGCGACAAGGCCGUCUACUUGAGAAGUCGUCCGAUUGUCAACAUCGCUGUUGAGCUCAAACUCGACUCGAAAGCUAUUCGUCUCGAAGAUGAAGGUUGCUCGCUGCCCGACGGAACAAUGCUGCCGUGCGUCGGAAUCCAGCUUUGCUUUCGAUACGACGGCCCUGUCAAGGCAAGCAGUUUGGACCUCGAGUACCAGAUUGUCCUGGAUACCGAAGCUCGGAAUUCUCGUGCAAUGUUCGAAGGCGGUCAAGAUAGAUUAAUUAACUCGACAGUGACUCUGGUGAAGGGUUCCCAUCAAUGCGUGAAUAAAAAAGCCGUCUUCAAGCGAAAUCCUUCCGACAAACUCUCUCCGAUCAAAAUAAACGCGACAUACGCUCUGGUCCAGGAUCGUUACGCGCCUUACCAAAUCCGCGAUUAUUCCGCCGAAUUGAGUCCUGUUCUGUCGAGUGUCGACCCGCUCGAAGAGUCCAUACAGAUCAAGAAGAAUUGUGGAAGCGAUGACGUGUGUAUUCCGGACUUGCAGUUGACCCUAUCUCCCAAUGUGACUGAGUAUGAGGUUGGAAGUACACGAACGUUUGCGGUUGAGGUAUCAGCGUCAAACAAGGGGGAAGACGCCUUCAACACGAAAAUGCUCUUUACUUUCCACAACGAUCUCGAUUUCGUCAAGGUGGACAAGGACAACCGCGAAGAUCCGGUCGCAUGCGAAGCUCCAAAAUGGGUAUCUUCGUUUUCCCAGCAAAUUCUCUGCGAUCUCGACAAUCCGCUCAAAGCUCAAGACACGUUGAAUUUCCGAAUGGUUUUCGCCGCCAAUGGUCAUGUUCCUUCUGUGACGUCACUUGAUUUCGCUGCCGCUCUCAACUCGACAAACGAGGAGUCUGAGUCUACUAAAAGAGACAAUGAGGCCUCAUUCACAUUGCCUGUUAAAGUCAGGAUCAACAUCUCCAUCUCUGGAAAGUCUGAGCCGACGGAAGUUUAUUACAACUCGUCAGCGAUCGAUUUGGAUGAAGUCAUCAACGUAGACUACAGGGUGGGACCGCCGAUUCAACAUGUGUACCAGAUUACGAACAAAGGCCACGAUCUCGAUCUCGCCGAUCUCUACCUGGUUUGGCCCACGCAUAACAACGACAACGAGCCUUUGUUAUACAUGUUCGAAGAGCCCACGUUCAAAGCAUCGAGACCGGCUUUACUCGAGUGCGAAUCGCCGGAAAAUUUCGAAUUCAACGCCAAUAAGCUGUACGUGCAACCUGUUGCAAACAAGACCAGGCACAUCAGGGACCUAACUCGGUUCCGGGAGGAUAUCGGAUGCGGUCAAUUGUCUAAAUGCGCGCAGUUUCGAUGUAGGAUACGGAACUUCACGUCUUCUGAUGUGAUUAUUGUCACUGCCAAUUCGCGAUUAUGGCUGCAGAGCGUCGCGAAGAUGAAACAAAUGGAAACAAGCAUCGCGUCGAAGCUCGUAGUCAAGCCCGUCAAACUUCGAUUCGACGUCCGGUCGGAGCUACCACAUGAGAUACUCUACGUAGAAACAGUAGCUAUAGAUGAAGAUUUACUGCCACUGCCAACAAUUCCCUGGUGGGUGAUCGUCUUGGCGAUAGUUAUCGGAAUUUUGUUAUUAUCGCUCCUCAUCUGGAUACUCUACAAGGCUGGCUUCUUCCGACGGAAACGUCCUGGAGAACCGAUCGACGGGAGAGGCACAAAAAACGGAUACCACACGGUGGAGCAAAUUCCAAAACAAGAUCACUACUGAACGUCGUUCUUCAAGAUACCAUUCACUCUCUGGAAAGUUUUUCACCUAUUUGUACAUACGCCGGUUCAGGCUCUUUCCGAUUCGAUGCUCGUUGAAUCAAGUAAGCAAUGAGAAACAAGCGAUCCGUAACCCAUCAUUUGGAGCUAGCAAGUGUUUAUGUAUUGUAUGGAGCUUUGUAAUAAUUAUUAAUAACUUAAUAAUAAACAUAGAACGGAAAGUCAAUCUGGAAC